UUUAUAAAUAAGGAGCAGACUGUUAGUUCAGUUUAGGGGAGACUGUAGUCUUCUAACGGCAGUAGAGGGAACCUCAUUCUACCAUUGCUGAGAAUUUAUAUUGGCACAGUACUUGAAGUUUCAGCUUCAACGUUGACACAUCCAGCAUCAUGAUACUCCUGAAGCUCACGUUACUCACCUUACUUAUUGCAGCUCAUGACAGGCAUGUUUCUGGAGAGCUUAUUGAGGCUCCUGACUGGGAUGUUUCUGGAGAGGAAAUGAUUACCUGUGAUCCCCAGCGCAGCACUUGCCCAAUAAUUGUUACCUGUGAUGGUGGUACUGCUGUGCUGAACUGUGGUGCUCGCCGUAUAAGGAUACUCAGAGUUUUCUAUGGCCGACUCAAUCGCACCACAUGUGCUGCAGGACGACCCAUCCAACAAAUCUGCAACACAAGAUGCUCUUCGCGUAAAGCAUAUUACACCGUUUUAGCUCGGUGUAAUAAAAAGAACUACUGUUACGUGCCUACUUCAUGCUUAGCUGACCCCUGCUAUGGCACUUACAAGUACCUGAGAAUUGCAUACAACUGUGUCCGCUAACUUGAGGGACUCAAGCUUUCUCCCCAGUGACCUCUCUGAAGCCCGAAAAAGGAUGAGACCAAGUUUUAUAUUUGCAAACAUGUAGAUAUUAGAGUGCACAAGUUUUGGUGUUGGUGUGCUUUACAUUUGCAUGUUAUAUAAUCAACUGCUGUAAUGAUUCCCCCACCCUUGAAACUUAGUUAUUUGCUUUUGCAUGUAAUCACUUUCCUCCUAAACUCAUUAACUUUACUAAUGAUUCUGCAAUAAACGAUCCUCUGCAUAAGCAUAACAGAGAUGC